AGAGAGAAUGGUGAGGGUUUGACAACUAUUCUUAAACUCAGAACUCUUCUCUCGACAGUUGAAGCUCUAGCUAUGGUGAUAAAGGGCAAAAAAGGGAGGCACCUGGCCAUUUGGGCUCUCAUGGUUGCAGUGUGGUUGUUGGCUCUAAGGCCUCAAUCUCUCACAAACUUCCACCCCCACCGCUUCAAAGACCUCCGCUCCAUCCAAGGGACUCCCGUUCUCGGACAUUCCAUCGAUAAAUUUCGUGAUCAUCUACGUUGCAUCAGUGAAUCUGGAAGAUGGGUUUACGAUCCGAUGCCGAGGCAGAUCCCAUGGAACCAUGUGGCGGAGCAGUACUCGGAGCGGUGCGAGGAGAGACACCCCGGCUUGCGAGGAGAAGGCAUCGCAGGAACAUAUUACAGCACUGCAAAUUGGACGGUGAGGGAGGAGCUCAAAUGGGUUUGGCAGAGCAGCAAUAGUUGCCCAACCCUACCAGUUGACAGAAAUGACUGGUGUAAGUUGCUAGGUGCCAAGGGCAACUUGAUGAUUGUGGGAGACUCCAUUAACCACCAAGUACAAUGGUCUCUCACUAAUGCCCUAAUUGGAAACUUCUCAAAUGAUCCUCGCAUUGUGAAAGAUGAGUAUCCGGUAUGUAGGACCUGCCAAGGAUUUCCGCUUUGCGAAGAUGUGCUUGGUGCGGGGCGGGGAAUCAAUGUGAGUUUCAUUCGCAACGAUAAGUUAUCAGCAGUGAUCAAGCCUAGUGAAAACAGAGAGGCAAAUUUCUACCAGUGGCCUUGGCUUGAUUACAUAGAUUUGUGGGAGAUCAAGUACUUAUUGCUUAACAGAGGUGCACAUUAUGAACCAGAUCAUGCAUAUGUGGAAUCUCUCAAUUCGACGCUCUUUUAUCUGCGAUAAAAGCAUCCGAAUCUCCUAGUCAUCUUCAGGAACACACCACCUGGGCACUUGAAUUGCACUGGACACAAGAAGCCUCUACUAGAGAGGCAAACUUUCACCGCAGAGGAUAACAAGUACCAUUGGGGAGACUUUCAUAGACAAAAUAAACUUGCAAGGAAGUUGGUUGAAGAUUUCGGCUUCAUAUACCUGGAUGUGGAUGCUAUGGUUAGCCUACGCCCUGAUGGUCAUGUUCAUGAACAUGAUUGCCUUCAUUACUGCAGUUGUGCUCCUCUACAACACAUUCAGGGUCAUUUCAUCCUUUGCUUCAUAGUUUUAAGGGUAGAUUGCAUGGCCUAUGCGUGUUUGCGUGUGUGUAUGCGUGUGCACAUGUGAGAGAGAGAUAUGCAUAUGUGUAUUGUGCCAUUGUUAUUCAUUGAUACAUGUCUUUAGGGGUGGAAAAUAUAACA